AUACACUUGAACACUCUUAUGAAACUUAUCCAAAAUCUAAAUCAGAAGAUGAUCCUGAAUGGAUCGAACCAAAAAUUGAUGCUUCCAUCUUCUAUAUCAAGGCAAGAUAUGAAGCCUCUUUUAAAAAACUGAUCUCUACUACUACUCUGGACCAACUCACUACCAAAGCUGAAGAAAAAACUAGUGCUGACAACCAAGUAUCAUUUAACAAGAAACGAAAAA